AUAUUAUUUUGCCCAUGGCUGUUUAUUUUCAUUAUCUCUGAUCGUGAACAGCCGUUGACACGCAAAACAUUUUAUAGAAGUUUUAUAUAAUUUUAACGAACAGAGAAAAAAAUAAUAUAUUUCAAUUAACUACUUAAGUAAAAUGGCAUUAAUGGCAAGAAUCUCGCAAGCAAACAUCGUGCAAGCCACGAAAAAACAUACGGCCACAGUAUUUUUUUUCCACGGUUCUGGUGGCACAGCAGAGGAUAUGAAAGAAUGGAUUAAUAUAUUUACUAAAGAAGAACUGCAAUUUCCACAUAUAAAAUUAGUUUAUCCAAGUGCACCCAGUCAACCUUACACACCUAAUGAUGGGAUGUUGCAAAAUGUAUGGUUUGACCGUAUGGCGAUAUCUAACCAAGUACCAGAGAAUGUAAAGUCAAUUGAUUUUAUGUGUCAAAAUGUAUCAAAAUGGAUUGAGAAAGAAGUAACAAAUGGCAUUCCCUAUAAUAGAAUAAUCUUGGGUGGUUUCUCAAUGGGUGGUGCUCUAGCGUUGCAUUUAGCAUACCGAUAUAAGACAGGAAUAGCUGGGUGUUUCGCUAUGUCUUCUUUUUUGAAUAAGGGAUCUAUAGUGUAUGAGCAUUUGAAAGCAAAUCCAGAAAAUAGAGUACCACUUCUUCAGUAUCAUGGUACAGCAGACACUUUAGUUCCUGUUGAAUGGGGUGAAGAAACUGCAAAGAAUCUCAGAGAACUUGGUGUGAAUGUGAAAUUUGUAUCGCUGCAAGAUAUGGAUCAUGAGUUGAAUCGGCCAGAAGUGCAAGGCUGGAAAGAUUGGCUUCUCCAUAUCUUACCAGACAAAUAAUAUAGUUAAUUGUCAGUUAAAAAAAUUAAUACCAAUAUUCUUACCAUACUACAUUCUAUGGUGCAAAACAGUGCAAUAUUGUUGCAUUUAUUUUUAGAUACAUGAUAGUAAUAAAUCUUGUCAAAGUAAA